AUGGUGAAUCAACAAUUAUUGGUUGCAUUAUUGUUUCCUAUAAUUAUUUUGUGCUCAACAGCGCAACUUUCAUCACCGUAUUAUGACACAAUCUCAAAUUUAACUCACACCUGUACCAUCAGACCUAACGUCGUCUGUGUUGAUGUCAGCGUAUUUAAUAAGACUUGUAUUGAUCCUUUGUGCUUGGUUUAUGCGGGAGGAAACAUUAUUAAGUGUUUGUCACCUUUGCUUAAUCUUACUAAUCUUAUUGUGAGAAAUGGGAUAGAUGGAAAUUCAACAGACAGAAAUUUAACCAUAAACUCCACAACAACUCUCAACACAACUGAUUUAAAUACCUUCAUGUGUAAUGCAACAUGGAUCUACCCUUCAAACAAAACUGUUUGUUAUAAAACAUCAUCGUGGAAUAAAAGUGUUUGUAACCAGAGAAACGUAACAUGUUUGGUGAAUUCAACAGAUUGUCUGUUUAACUCUGUUGUUUAUAUUGGUGGAUUUUUUAAUUUGAAAAAUAAAGAUGGUUAUGGUAAUAUUCCUGCUGUAAAUAUUGCUUUGAACGAAAUUAACAAUGAUAACAACACAUUGGACAAUAUUACAUUAUCAAUGGUAACAAAACAUUCCACACAGAGUUUUCUUAGUUACGGCACGGAUGUCUUAUAUCGCUAUCUUCACUCUGCUCCAACAAAAUUGAUGUUAUUGCUUCCUCAAGAAGAUGAUAUUGCAAGAACUGUGGCAGCAUAUGCUGGACUAUCGCAAUGGGGAACUUUACAGUUCUCGUUUGGUACAAGGGACAACAGUCUUGCCUCCAGAAAGGAUCUCUUUCCUCGUUUCUUUCGUCUUAAUCCUCUCGAAAUCACCUAUAACCGUUUACGUGUAGCUUUUGUAACAUCGUUUCCAACCUGGCAUCUGGAUGUUGCUCUCAUGUAUUAUGCAGAUCGUUACCAUGAACAAAUUAAUACAGACCUCAAUGAAAGAUUGCAGCAAAAAGGAAUCAAAGUUGUUGCAAAUAUAGGAUUCAAAACGAAUCCUGCCGAAGCACUUUACUCACUGAAGAAAAAAAAUGCUCACAUUAUUCUGACAAGUAUUCCUCACUGGUUGGCAAAAACAAUGUUUUGCAAGAAAGAAAUAUUUGAAUUGUUUGUUUUUAUUCAGGCGUUUCAACUUGGUAUGUAUGGACCACAUUAUGUUUGGAUAACCUUCACAUUAAUGCCUUUCAAGUUCUGGCUUCCAACAGCUGGUGACAAUCUAAGUUGCAAUGAAGAACAAAUGUCAUGUAUUGCAGAGAAUCAUUUCUCCUUUAAUGGAGGUUUUAAUUACAGGGAAAACAAUUCAUUAAUAAAUGAGCCAAAUAUGACAUUUUCUCAAGCUUACAAACUCUCAGUUACCGAGAAAAACAGAACAAAUUCAGCGCCAUAUGUUUAUGAUGCAGUAUGGACAAUGGCCAACAUUUUACAACGAGCAAAACCUACAUUGGAAAGAAAUGGAAAAUCUUUGAAUGACUUACGUUAUGGCGAAGAAACAAAAUUGUUCGAGAGACUUGCUUAUGAAACUGAUUUUAUUGGCAUAACUGUAAGUAUUCAAGAAAUCUGCUUAAUGGAUUUGGCUAUUUGUUGCAUCAGAUAUUCAUCUCCAACAAUAAGCAUCUUAAUAAUUACUGGUUGUAUUUUAAAUUUUAUCGCUGUUGUGCUGUAUGGAAUGGAUCAUAAACAAGCUGGUAUAACGCAGAUGAACGCUAUUUGUAAGAGAAUAUCUGAAAAUCCGUUCAUUUCUUCAACAUGGUACAUUGAAAUAUGUAAUUGUGACAAUUUAAAAAUAUGGUCAGUUAUCUUCAUCACGUAUAAAGUGUUACUAUUGAUGUAUGGUGUAUACAUGGCAUGGAAAGUACGUCAAGUACAUACUAGCAAGCUUAUUGAUGCGCAGUAUUGUGCAUGUUUAUUAUUUGUAUCCGUUCCGUUCGUCGUGUUUGGUUUAAUCUUCGCCUAUACACUCCAUCAUCAUCCGACAUUACAUUAUGCUUUCAUUGGAAUUAUUAUUAUCAUUUAUACUUACAUUGUCCUUGGAUUUCUUUAUGGACAUAAGAUCGUUUUUCUUCCUAAUUUCUUAAGCUUUAUAUAUUUUUAA